ACGUUGGCGCGCGUUUCUUGCUCAAACCGUCCGCCUGCAGUGACAGUGGUGUCUGUGUUAUACUUCUGCUAGCUUACAACACACAAAGACUGCACUUUUCGACCACCACCUCCGUCUAAUUCGGUGUCAGCUGAAAACUACGGCCUCUGCUCUGAGGUACUGACGCUACGGGCGACGAAAAGUCUUUUGUUUUGCAUCUCCGCAGUCUUUAAAACUCCUUUAGACACCAUGUUUGAGGCGCGCCUGGUCCAGGGCUCCAUCCUGAAGAAGGUGCUGGACGCCCUGAAGGAUCUCAUCACAGAAGCCUGCUGGGAUGUGGGCUCGUCGGGCAUCGCCCUGCAGAGCAUGGACUCGUCCCACGUCUCCCUGGUCCAGCUCACCCUGCGGAGCGACGGCUUCGACUCGUACCGCUGCGACAGAAACCUGGCCAUGGGAGUGAACCUGGGCAGCAUGUCAAAGAUCCUGAAGUGUGCAGGAAAUGAAGACAUCAUCACCCUCAGAGCAGAAGACAAUGCAGACACACUUGCCCUUGUGUUUGAGACUCUCAACCAGGAGAAGGUCUCAGACUAUGAGAUGAAGUUGAUGGACCUGGAUGUGGAGCAGCUCGGUAUUCCAGAGCAGGAGUACAGCUGUGUAGUAAAGAUGCCCUCUGGGGAAUUUGCCCGGAUCUGCCGCGACCUGUCCCAGAUCGGUGACGCCGUCAUGAUCUCCUGCGCCAAGGAUGGAGUUAAGUUCUCAGCCAAUGGAGAGCUGGGCACAGGAAAUGUUAAACUGUCCCAGACCAGUAAUGUGGACAAAGAGGAUGAGGCGGUCACUAUUGAGAUGAACGAGCCUGUUUCGCUCAUCUUUGCCCUGAACUACCUGAACUUUUUUACCAAGGCCACACCACUGUCCAAGACCGUCACCCUCAGCAUGUCUGCUGACAUCCCCCUCGUGGUGGAGUACAAGAUUGCAGACAUGGGACACAUCAAAUACUACUUGGCACCGAAGAUCGAUGACGAGACCUCCUAAAGUAGUUCCUAAGCAACCAAAAAGGAAGAAGAGAGAAAAGCAGGCAACUGGGACUUGUCCUGAGUGAUGAAAUGGCUGAAGUGGUCUCAGGGUGUCUGUCUCACCCUGAGGGGGGGGUGGGUGCCAGUCUCUGAGAUGAAGAAUCGGGGCUUUUAUUCUGGAGAAUUGGUGGGAUGGGCUUCCUGUGGUCUACAGUCUCAGUGAACAUUCAGCACUUCUUCACUCCACCUGUCUCUAUCUUUGUCCGUUUUUGGGAAAUACAGUUUUCAAGUAUCCCAUUCCUUGAUGUAGAUACACAUUUGUAAAUAUUGUCUGUGGUUUCGCACUGUCACUCAAACCCAAUAUAUUUGUAUCAAUUGAUUCAGUCCAGAAUAAAUGAUUCAACUUGUUUCCAA